AUAUUUUUGUCUGAAUUAUCUAAGAAACUUGAAUAUUAACUGUAUUGGUAAUGGCGGCCUCUACUGGUUAUAAAGAGUUCCACCAUUCUUUAAAUGGGUUUAAGCUGCAUCUUGUCUUUUUUAAACACUGUACUUGGUACAGUCUUUUUAUUGAUGGUUUGUGGUUGGAAUGUAUCGGUUUUAUCGUGAAGUUUCGUUUGGAAGAAGUGCUUAAAAUGGAUGAAUAAUUAUGGCGUCACGUGACUUCAGGUGUGGCGGUUUGAGGAAAUACAGGUAGAUACUCCACCGAACUUUGGCGGGUCAUAUUGCUUGUUUUAGUUCAACGAUUCUGCAGCCCCUCCAGUUUGAAACAACAGGAAGGAAGACUGGAACCGGAAAAGCUGGAUGAAGCCUGUAAUUAACGUUCAGGGAGAGCGUCUUUAAGUCCGUAGUGGUCAAACGACUCUUUCAAUCUUUUAUUUCAUGGAUAUUUUUAAUAUUUUUAUUUCGUUAAUAUUAUUUUUGAAACCUACAACAUUAAUGAGAACUGAUCUGCGCGCGCCCUCAGAAAUCUCCUGUAAAUUACUCGCGUGAGAGGUGGUGGAUCAGAAGAAAGGGAAAUGGGCGAUAAUGACAUCGAAGAGCAAGACACUUUUGGCGUGCGGAGCGAUGAAGAAGGUGAUAAUCGAGGAAAUCCCAAGAGAAGAGGUCGGAGGGUCGAGAAGUUUCAGAAGAAUGUUUCUAGAUGGAUGCUUCCCGAGGAGUUGCGGGAGACGUAUCUGGAGCGAGCGAACUGCUGUCCGCCGCCAAUCUUCAUCAUCCUCAUCAGUUUAGCGGAGUUGGGAGUGUUUAUCUACUAUGCAGUAUGGAAGCCUCAAAAGCAGUGGGUAACUCUGGGAGCAGGGAUCUGGGAGAGUCCUCUUACCUAUAAGCCUGAACAGCGUGAGCAGGCUUGGCGGUUUCUAUCCUAUAUGUUUGUACAUGCCGGUGUGGAGCAUAUCUUGGGAAACCUGAUAAUGCAGCUUUUUCUGGGCAUUCCUCUGGAGCUGGUGCAUAAGGGCUUUGAAGUUGGCAUGGUCUAUAUGGCUGGGGUCCUUGCAGGUUCUCUCGCCAGCUCCAUCUUUGAUCCUUACAGUGCUCUUGUGGGCGCUUCGGGUGGUGUUUAUGCCCUCAUGGGAGGUUAUUUCAUGAAUGCUGUGGUGAAUUUCAGGGAGAUGAUGCCACUUCUGGGAGUGUUUCGCAUCUUAGUAAUUGUUCUGAUUGUUGGAACAGAUGUUGGAUUUGCUAUUUAUAGAAGGUUCAUUACCCAGGAGGUUGGCAUGAAGGUUUCUUUCGUGGCCCAUAUUGCCGGUGGGGUUGCAGGCAUGACCAUUGGUUAUGUGUUUUUCACCAACUACAAUAAGGAGCUCCUGAAGGACCCACGCUUCUGGUUGUGCAUUGUAGGAUACAUCGGCCUUCUUUUUGCUGUCAUUUUCAACAUCUUCUUGUCCCCAGCACCUGCUUGAGGAGGAUGUGUAUGUUGAAGUCAUGCAUCUGUUUACAACGGACAAUCAUAUCUUUUUAAAAGGAGCAGGUCUCAGGUCAUGAAAAUCCUU